AUGGCAGACUCCGAUGCUUCUCGCGAGCCCGACAUGGCCGCAAAGCAGGACUUCCCCGAGAUGAGCCAUAGCGAAAAGGAGGCCUUCAACCGCCUCCUUCGCCCGGAUGACAGUUACACCCCCGAGGGCGUCUACUGGGCCGACCUCCCCAUCGGACAGCGGAUCAAGUUCGUCCGCUCAGUGGACUCCAAAGAGAGUCGCCGUCAGUGGUCGGCUCUUUGGCAACAGUUCAGGGCCGAUCCUCUGUCGCCGGCCAUGAACUAUAUUCGUGAUACUAUCAUUCCCGGUGCUGGUUUAGGUCUCGAAGGUUACGUUCUGCUCUCCAUCGGAAACAUCUCCACUCUGUUCAGCAAGUCCUUCGAAUCCUGCUGGGGCAAAUACGAGAUCUGCUCCAAGAACUGGGUCUCCGCGGUCACAUACUUGGAAAUUGUCGGUAUUAUCAUCGGGCAAAUACUGGUGGGUGUCAUUGGAGACUGGAUCGGACGCCGCUGGGGUCUGCUUCAGGAUGCCUGGAUCAUGAUCCUCGGUCUGGUCAUGCUGAUUUGCGCCUGGGGUACGACCCAGAAUGGCUGGGUCAUCUGCUAUGCCUGGUCCUUCUUCAUCUACGGCAUUGGUGUUGGCGGCGAAUACCCGAUGACCGUUACAAGUGGUAUGGAAAACGCUGUCGGCUCAGGCAAGCUAUCCACUCGUGAAGAUCGCCUGCACCGCGGUGCGAAAGUUAUCGGAUGCUUCUCCAUGCAGGGCUGGGGUCAGGUCCUGAACCAGGCCUUCCUCAUGAUUCUGCUUCUUAUCUUCAAUGCCGGCAGCGGCAAGGAGCCUAUUAGCCAAACAGCCACCCAGUGGACCUACCGCAUCUCUUUCGUCAUUCCCAUGAUUGGCACUCUCUGGCUCCUCUAUUACCGUGCUUACCACAUGAAGGCCGCUAGUAAGCAGCUCGCUGCUACCAAGAAGAAAGCCAAGGUUUCUGUCACUGGCUACGACAGCGAGUCCCUCCGCUUGACCUUCAAGCAUUUCACUCCUCGUGUUCUUGCUACUGCAGGUGGCUGGUUUGCCAACGACGUCUUUUUCUAUGGAGCCAAGCUGUUCUCCAGCGACUUCAUCAGUGUCAUCAGCCCCAAGUCUAAAUCGAUAUUCAUCUCGUGGCAAUGGAGCUUCAUCGACGUCAUCGUCACUCUGGCCGGUUAUUACUUUGCCAUCGCUUUCGUUGAUAACAAGCUUUACGGGCGAAAAUGGAUGCAAAUCUGGGGCUUCCUCCUCUGUUUCAUCAUGUUUGUGGUUCCCGCCUUCCACUACGAUUACUACAAGGAGGCAGCCCACAUCCACUCGUUCCAGACGAUGUACUUCUUGUCUAGUUUCUUCAACCAAUUCGGCCCUAACUGUGUGACCUUCCUUGUCGCUGGUGAGGUCUUCCCUACCCCGAUUCGCGCCACCGCCCAUGGUAUCUCUGCUGCAACGGGCAAAUUGGGUGCCCUCAUGGCAGGUAUUCUCUUCAACUACAUCGACACCCAAACCAAGUUUUACUUCGUCCCAUGGUGGGGUCUUCUGGGUAUGGCCUUGACCUACCUCUUUUUGCCCGACACCACCGGUCUCGACCUCAAAGAACAGGAGCGCCGGUGGAUCUAUAUCCGUGAGGGCCGCGAACACGAAUACCACGGCGUGGCCGUGCACUCGAAGCACUUGUCCGUGUGGGAACGCUUAAGGGGGGCGGGCAAGUACUAUGACCCGGAGCUUGACUACCAGCAGCGCAUCCGGGAAUACCGCGCCGAAUGGGAGACCAAGAUGGCUCGCAUGGGUGAGGAGACCAAGCGCGAUGACGAUGCCGAUGCCUUCAUUGAGGACGAGCUCCUCGAAGGUUCCGUGCACGAUUACUUCUAUCGUACGAGCUCGUUGAGCACUGUUCACAGGGCUGAAAAGGUUGUUGAUACGCCAGACUUGAAGUAG